UCAGAUUUCAAUCGAACAUGUCGACAACACCGCUUCCUCCUCUAAUAUUAUUAGACGGCGGUCUAGGCACCACGCUAGCGGACCGCUAUAAUUGCAUCUUCGACCACAGCACACCUCUGUGGUCUUCCCAUCUUCUACUGAGCGGGGAAGGAAGCGAGACGCUACGGGAUGUGCAAGGUGCUUUUGCGGAGAAGGGCGCCGAUGUCGUUCUCUCUGCAACCUACCAGGCGAGCUUUGAGGGGUGUAGAGCGAGUGGGGUUGGGGACGAAAGGGAAGCCGGGGUGUGCAUGAGGAGGGGCAUGGAGAUUGCACGUGUUGCUGCUGAGAAAAGAGAGGGCGGUGGGAAGGUAGCACUCAGUCUCGGAGCCUACGGAGCGACGAUGGUGCCGGGGCAGGAGUAUAGCGGAGCUUAUGACGCUGAACACAGUUCUGUUGAACAGCUGAGGGAGUGGCAUUUUCGGAGGUUGGAAGCUUUUAUGCCUGGUGGCGAAGAUGAGGUGGAGAAGAAGGAGAGGAGGGCGUGUUGGGAUAGUGUUGAUUAUGUGGCUUUUGAGACUUUACCGAGGGUUGAUGAAGUGCUUGCCGUUAGGCAGGUUAUGGAGAAGGUGAGUAGAAUUGUUGGAGGGGAGAAAGUGGUUGAGUUUUGGAUAGCUUGCGUAUUUCCCGGUGAAGGCAAUGAUCUGCCUGAUGGCAGUUCAAUUAAGCAGGUUGUUGGAGCUAUGCUUGGAAAGGGAAAAGGGGCGAGACCGAUGGGGGUGGGAAUUAAUUGUACGAGGGUGGGGAAGGUGGAGGGGCUUGUAGUGGAGUUUGAGAGGGAGAUUGGGGAGUUGAUUGAGAGGGAGGGCGGAGAGUGGCCGAGUUUGGUGGUUUAUCCGGAUGGGACGAGGGGCGAGGUUUAUGAUACUACUACGAAGGAGUGGGUGAAGAGGGGAGGCGCUGAGGAGAGCUUGAUUCCUUGGGAUGAAGAAACCUUCGGAAUAGUGAGUAGAUGCCAAGAAAGAAGACUAUGGAAAUCGAUAUUUGUUGGGGGCUGCUGUAAGACUACGCCAGAUGAUAUUGGAAAACUACGGAAACGAAUUGACGAGUUGUAAUUCCUGGUUUAUCAGCAAGAUGUACUCUUUCCUAUUGGACAACGAGAGCAACGAUUGCUCCAGAUGAGAUGAACAUUGUGUCUGAAGAAUUGUGGGCACAGCAUUGCUUGAUUGGGCAAUAUAAGAUACAGCAACUCCGAGACAUGUGGAAGGAGAAUGCCGAAUGUCCAUUAAUCGCUGAGUCAUUGAAAGGGAACGACAGAUAUUUUCUUAUUUUGAUUUAUAAAGGUGUGUCGGUGCCUUCUCCUUUGCCCCUUCCUUCUUUGGUUUGCUG